AUGAACGGUACAGCUUCCUAUAGAGAUUCUUAUUUCCAAUAUCAACAUCUUACAUUUUCUCAUUAUGUAUUAUACAACGAAUGGAAUCAAGAUGAAUUUUUAGCACUCGAUGCACAAGAACUGGACGAUUCAACACAACUACCAGCGAAUGAACAAGACGGAGGAGCAAAUACAACAAAUAACGAUAUCCAACAUGAGAAGAAAGUCAAAGAAAAGACAUCUAAUGAAGUUCAUGAUGGGACUUAUUGGGAUAGAUUCCAAGAUGAGCAUGAUCGUAUUUUGUUCAAAGAUGUUCAACUAGACACCAUGGGUACAGUUACUUUCCCCUUCUCUACAGAGACCGUUGGAGGAUCUAUUUUCGACGUAAGGACUUUGAAACAAGCGAAUAAUAGUAUAUUAGGAUGGCAGCAAGGUACAGCAACAUGA